UGAGCAGAGCAUCGCGCUCGGUUCUGGGUUACAGUGGAACGUCUUUGGCACUUCAGGUCUGGCUGUGUGCCCGCUCAAUAUUUGUCUUGUCCUGUGGCGAAAUUCGAACCACUAUUUGUUUCCAUUGUUGCCAAUGGGAGGUACGCUGGUGGGGUGCAGGUAGCGAACCUCAAGCCCGAGACUCAGAAGAAUAUUGCACGAAGGGAGCGCGACCCGGAGGAGGACCAGGAACGGGUGUGACCGCCGGCUGCUUCAGCAUCCUACCUGCCGGGGUAUUCUGAGUCAGUCUGAACAGUCGGGGUAUUUUUGCAGCGCUGACUGUCUUGCCUGAUUGGAAUGGAACAUGGAGCCUAAGAAAACCAAGGAUCUAAAGGAAGCCUUUCUACGCAGCAGGACUAUAGAUGCAGAGCUUAAUGAGGAAAGGAAGAAAAAACAACGUGAGGUGCAACUGCUUACACUAGGUUCUGCUGGGUCGGGUAAAAGUACCUUUAGUAAACAGCUGCGUGUCCUGUAUGGGGACGGGUUUCCAGAGGCAGAGAGGGUCAAGCUACGGCCAAACGUGUACAGCAAUGUCCGGGUGGCCAUCAAGCGGCUCGUACGAGCCAUGGAGAAGCUAGGAAUCCAGUUUGAGAAAGAAGAGUCAAAGCAGAAUUCUCUCUGCUUUCUGGCUGGAGUCUUCAGACGUGAAUGCUGGAACGCAGCCCUAGGCUUGGCAAGAUGCUGUCUCCGGGGUCUUCAGUGGCUGGACCCUGAGUUUGGCGAUGCGCAGGACCUCUCAGAAAAUCUAGUGAGCGUAGAAAAUGGGCAACACUGUUAUGAGCUGUGUGCAGACGACAAGCUGAGUUCGGAAGAGACGGUGGCAAUCCGAGCGCUGUGGCAGGACAAGGGCGUGCAGGAUGCUUGGGAACAGAGACAUCUGUACCACCUGGCAGAGUCAGCCAAAUAUUUCCUCGACAAUAUCGACCAGAUCUCCACAGAGACAUACAUCCCUUCUGUGCAAGACAUCCUGUAUAUCAGAUUACCUACCACUGCCAUUGAGGAGCAUGAAUUUUCUGUCAAUGGACUAACAUACAGAGUGAUUGACGUAGCAGGCCAGAAGAGUCAACGGAAGAAGUGGAUCCAUUUCUUUGAGGGAGUGACAGCCGUUCUGUUCUUCACAGCCCUGAGUGGUUUCAACGAGCUCAUGGAUGAUGAUGACAAAGUGAACUGUUUGCAUGACAGCCUGGACCUUUUCCGUGACCUGGCCUACAACAAGUGGCUGGAGCAGACAGACUUCAUCCUCUUCCUCAACAAGCAUGACCUUUUUGUGGAGAAACUCAAGACAACCAGCAUUAAAAGCUGCUUCCCGCACUAUGAUGGUCCCAACACUCCAGAAGAUUGUACGGAUUUCAUCCAAGGGGAAUUCCUGAAGAGAAAACCUGUGAAGAAGACCGUCUAUCCCCACAUAACCUGUGCCACUGACACCAACCUAAUGAAGACCAUCAUCAGCGAUGUGCACAACAUUAUCGUAGAUAUCAACCUGCGCAGGGUUGCUCUGCUGUGAUUCUUCAGAACUCUGUGUAUUGUUGCAACUGUGUUGGGGCUGGGGCUUGUAGGGAAGGGCUUGUACUCCUGCUAGUCAAGAGUUUUGUAUGUGUAGGUAGUCUUUCUUCUAGAAAUGGGACAACGGAUGGAUACAAUUGAGAAUAAGGGCAAUGUUUGUAACAUCUGGCUGUGCAUAUCAGGCAGUUUGGCACUGGAGUCAACUGUGAUGGACAUAUCUGACGUUGGGAAAUUUAUUUUCCACUUCAAUUUAUAGUAAGUUACUAUAUCACUUGGCAACCUGGACAUGUACUGCACCACUUACAUGAUUACCAGAUAAACUCACCCUUUGUUUUUCUUUUCUCCUUACUCAUUUGAAACCUUUUUUAUGUCAAAGAUGAUGAUGUGUGGAAGCCAAAUAAGAGGGGGAUGGCACCAAUGGCUUUUCUGAGCUUUGGAACUGAAGAUGCCAAUGCCGUUGAAUUGAGUAAUGAAUUAGAUGCUUGUUUUUAUAAUAACAACCCCUCACAUGCACACACACAUGCACACUCUCAUACAUGCACACAAUUUUGAAUGAAAUAUGGUUAAUAUAGAAUGGGAAAUUGCAGGGAAGACUUCAGCUUAUCAUCUAUAAGAAUGGAAUAAAAGUACAGGGACUGAACAAAUUUUAGUUCCAUGAACAGUAAACGUAAGAUUUAUAGAGAAAGUUUUUAAAAAGUGUACUCUGUCUCCCUAAAGAAUGAAGAACAGAGUAUCUUAUGAUUGCUUACCCCAUAAAUUGUAAAUGGUAAAUCGUAUGAUGUUUGUGAACAGGCCCUUAGUCAACAUGUAUUCCAUCAGAAUUGUAACUGUGUUAUACUGUAUGGGGUAAAGCUGUUCACAUCAUGAAACAGCCCUGUGUAUUUACAGUCAGAUUAGCAUAAUGAUUCCACAGAUAUAGCUACUGUGCACUGUAACUGAUCUUUUUCCUCGGUGUGACAGAUAGGACAGUCUUUGAAACUCCAAACAACAUCAGGCAACAAGAUCACAGGUCGUCCUGGCAAAGUAAAAUAAGUCUUUAACACACAUGUUAGCAGUUAACAUUAUUAGCCAAUUUUCAACAAAAUGGUAUCAUCUUGAUGGAGUCAAAAAUAAUACUCAGCUCCUGGCCCAAUAUGCUUUAAUCAUUCCAAAUUAUAUGUAUAUACAGAGAAAAUUUAAAGUGCUCAUGUACCAAGUAUAAGCUAUGUAAGCCAAAGUGUCCACAUCUGAAAAGAAGAGAGCAUUUCAGUUUCAAGAACUCAGAUAAAAUAAUGUGGACAAGCCUUGUUUAGAAUGCAGAUGUAAUUAUGUUCAAUGUCACGGAUAGAAUUGAAAUCCUGAUAUUCCAAUGAGGUAGUGAGGUAGCUGAUGCCUGAGGAACUUCCCAUUCUGAAAUACUUGUCUUUACAAUGGCAGUUACUAGCCUGCUGUGUGGCCAUAUUUUCCCGGAAUUUCACAAAAAGAGUGAAUCAAUGCAGAAGAUACUUCUUAGAUUCAGAUGCUGUUAUUUGCAUGUACCAAGCAGAAUCUGUGUUCAGCCUGUCUCUUGUAGAUGUGAUGUUGCAGUGCCACCUAGUGAGGGGUUUUGGUACCACACCAAUGAGCUCUCAAAGAGGCUUUUGUAGUAGGUAGUGAAGGGACAGGUUACAUUUCAUAUAGGAGAAACCUAAUCCUAACAUGUCUAUUGGUAGGAAACUCUGAGUGAAAGUAUUCUUUGGGGUGAUUGACAAUCCUUUAACUUAAUGAUGCUAUUCGUAUGUUAGGUUGUUUUUACUGUAGUGCUUGAUGGAGGUGAUACAUACAAGGUAUGUCCUAUUGAAAAAUGCCAAUACACACUACCUUUUUUACUAUCAUUCAUCUCCUUUGUUCUCUUGAAGAUGUCCCCACACACAAUGUUUGACUUAUGAAAAUGACUCCAGCCAUGAUGUCGUAAGUGCAGAAUUCUUUGAGACCUUCGUGUAUAGCAGAGAAAUGUGCAUUUGUACCCUCCUUAUGGAAGCUUUGAUAUGAGAGUCAUUUGUGCUUAGUGGCGUGAAUUGGUAUGCUUAGUUAAUUGUCUUAUUUUGUUACUUUGUAGGUAAAAAUAACGGAAUGAUUUCAAUGUGCAAGUGCUCAAGUACCACUGGUAAGAAUAUAUUUGAAGCUUAUAGGAUGAACUUUUUACUUGUACCCUUUGGAAAGUUUGAAAAGUGUUCCUGCUGAGUUUUGGUACAUGUAGGAUUUGUUGGUACCAGCAGUGAUAGUUGUGUCUUCUUGACUAACACCAGUUUGAUGACUUGGUGCAUAAUUUUUCCCAGGACAGAAUUAGAGUGAGUCAGCAAACGCCAGAGUACCCAUAUUGGGCCGAGUUCAUGUCACAAACCCGGUAAAUAUUCCUGUGUCAUUUAGAAUGGCCUGGUUAACACUAUAGACUCAAGUACAGCAAAAAUUUAGAAUGCACCAUCAAGAUCAAAAGCUGUUGAUAUUUUUAUUGGUUCCUAAUCCAAACUGCAAUAUUGAAAUUAAACUGCAUUGACUAUCGUUUUGUUUUUACAAGAAAUUUUUUUUUGCUCUUCAUAGAGAAAAGGAAUCUUAGAAUCACUGUAUGACAUAAGUGUGGCAUAACAAUUGUGAAGCUUGAAGUAACUGUUUUUUUCUUCACUUUUAGGUAUUUUUAACCUGUGAUACAAAGUGAUUCAUGAUGAAGCAGUGGUAGGGUAGAAAAUGCUGUUCUCUCAUGGUCUAAUGUAAUAUUGUUCUUGUACAUUAUGUUAUAUCAGUAUUGUGUUGCAUUUUACCACAGUGUUUUGUGUCUAGAAUCUGAUUAGUUAGUGAUGUUUGUUGCAUAAUUCUGAUAAAAGGCCAGGAAUAAUUGUGACCAUUUGUUUAUCAGACAGGUGGUGAAUGGAGGAAUGUUAGCUAAUUUCUAGUUUUCCUACGUCAUUGUUAAAUGGUCUUGUGAUGAAAUGCUGGUUGUGGAAAUAAGGAACAAGCACUUCACAAUAGGACUGCACUCCUAAAUUUAACAUUUUGUACAAGUACCAACAUGAUGGACCUGUACCCAUUUUUUGCAGUAAUUUACUGGUAUGCAGCCCUUCUUGACAAUCUUUUAUCACAUCUUUGUACUUUGGAGUUGCCAACUUAAGCUGGGUCUACACUAGGUCCUGCACUGUGGCAACCUAAGCAAUAUAAAGUUAUUACUUAAUAACUUAAAAUAUUCUGGGUACUAAGAUAAUCUGUAUGAUAUUGACAUUUACUUCACUGUAUCAUCACAUUUACAUCAUUUCAUACUUUGGGCAAUUAUAAAUGGCACAAAAACAAGCCAUACAAUGAGUCAUAUUGGACCCCCUCCCACCAAAAAUUAAGCGUGCUGACUUCCAUGGUGCUCUCAUGGUACAGCAACAUCACAUUUUUGCCCCUUGAAUGUUGGUAUGGAAUGGGAUAGAGUUGUUUUCAUUUUCUUAAGUAAAAAAAGUGCCAAAAAAUAUGACUUUUGAAAAUUGAAGUUCUACAGCCCUGAUAUUACUUAGGUUGCCUUUAAGUUUCUGGUAUGUACAUGUACACUGCUUUGUUCUUUGACUUUCUAUGCAGGGGUAUUAAACCUAGCCUGGAGUCCAGCCUUGUUGUUACACUCCACAGGGCAGUGACAACAAGGCUGGGAGAGCAUCAAAGCUAACAAGGCUGGACUCCAGGCUACAUCAAACCAUUUCCGUCUGGUACUACAUGCUUUAUAUACAUGAUCUAUCAGUCUAUCCGCUAUUCCCCUUUCCAUUAAAUGCUAUCCCAUGAUUUAUUGCAUUGCCUAACUUCCCACAUGUAAAAGUGAACAAGAAUUCAACCAUCUGAGGUCCUAUUGUACCUGCAUCUUUUCUGACCCAUCCUUAAAAAUUGAGUCACUGCACGACCAGUUGAGAUAUUUUGCUGCUUAGUCAUCAUUGUUCUAGCCAAAUAAGGUCUGCCAUGGUGUAAUUCCCUUACAUAGAACAUUUGGCUGCUGUGUCAGUCCUCUGAGUCAUCAGACAAUGAAGAAAUGAACACACGACUCACAUGACAUGAUCACAAGACAUUGCCAACUCAAAAUGGAAUACAAUUUCAUCUCAAUGUGAAUGGGAAGGUGGAUUCAGUUGUGGAUAGGUAAAAUCACAAUUGUUUUGAAAUGGCAAAAGCUAUAAAUUCCUUUCCGAAUUCUUGGAAAGAACCAAAGGAUCCAAAAUGUACUCCCUAGCAUGUUCCAAAUUAAACAAAUUCUAAAAAGACCUAUUGUUUCAUAACAGUAAUGGAGUACACGAGGAGUCCAUGAAAUAGUUGUUAACUCUUUUAAUUCCUUGUUCACUUCUCCGCACUAUAUGCUGUUGGAAGAUGUAACCCCAGCCUUGUUUGUGUCUCUAGAUUUUAUUGUAACAUCUGGAAUAUUUAGUAAUAAAAGUGCAUUGUUUCAGAAUUCUUACUCUAGACACUAUAGCAUUCUGGUCCGAUACAACUAUUUCUCAGACUCUUAUAUGAAGAUGCCUAAUGCAGUAUUUUGUCUGUGUAAAGAUAUAUGAAUUGAGCUUAAAGCCAUCAGGAAUCCAACUGUAUAUCUCUUAAUAUUGAUGUCUUUGCACUGUUGUGGGUCCAUAUGUAACUAACUGUACACAGUGAUAGACAAGUGCACAGAUAGCCAUGUCAUGUAAAUGUAUUACAAGCCAAAGUAUGAGUAAAUCGAGACAUUGUACUGCUAUAGGGGCUGCUAUACUGUCGUAAGUAAUGUGCUCGAAAUUUUCAACAGAAGAUACCUGUAGAGUGUAUGGUGCCAGUAAUAUUUCAGUGUGAUGAAAAAAGUUUCAGCACACUGUCUGGGUGCGGGUUUCAUACCUUCCCUUAGACACUUAGAUGAUGUCAUCACAUCAGGUCAUGGUGUGAUACCCAAGCUGGUACGGUAUUGCCCAAAUAUCUUCUCCUGACGCUUCAGAACCGCUCCCUAACGUUUUUAUGUGAAAUGGCAUCAGGGGUACCAAGAUAUCGUGUUUUCUAUGGCAUAUUUUCUAUUCUUCGGCCUUCUGGUUACUCUUGAAGAUGUGACACUUCUAAAUGUGCUUACAUCGUGACAUAUGAAACAAGUGCCCUUUCCUAAUCUGUAAGGCAGAGGGAAAAUGAAGUCGAUGUCUCCAUGACUAUCUGCACGGGUCAUCUAUGCACUGUGACUAGUUUGAAAGAAAGAAAUACAGGACUGAGGCACAGGAUACUGAAAUCUUUUGCAGGCAGAUGAAGGGAAAGGUUCAGACAACGACAGUAUAGCAGGCUCUGUUGUAGGCACCUCACAGCACCUUAGUUCUGUAGCUGUGUGUAAGCUGUUGUGAUUGUUGUAAUCAUAAACUGUUCCUGACCUGUGCCCGGAUCUAUGGUAUGAGAUUGAUUAUUUAUUAUCACAGUAUGUACAGAUGAGGUUUAGUGACAUGUCCAGAUGAGUACAGAUCUCACAAGAGAUGUAAUUUUAGUGCAAAUGGCCUGAAUAAUAUGCUGCUUUUCCAGCCUA